UUGUGCGACAAUAGUCAACUAUGUUUGAUUCGUUUGUCCACGGCAAAUAUCUCAAUGUUUGCGUCUUCUGGUCUUCGCUUCCUGAAAUACAAGCCAUUGGAACACGUCAGUUUUAGACCUCACAGAACCAGGAACGAUAACAAACACAGGCGUCACCGGCAGCCGAGAACAAAGAUCAAAAUAGUAUAUCGGAUACCUACUCCUCGUCCGAGCGAUAGGCCUCCGAGAGUUGGAAUCAUAGGUGGUCCCUUGAUGUAUGGACAGCCACUAAAAGGCCCAGACACUGCCCCAGAUUUGUUAAGAUCUUCCUAUUUGGAAUCGAGGCUUAAAAAAAAGGGCGCUUCUGUCUAUGACUAUGGGAAUCUACAGUUUGAGACUGUACGCAACGAUGGGGAGUUUGUUAAAGGCUGCAAACAUUCGAGAACAGUUGGUUUGGCCAACAGCCAGAUCGCGGAGAGAGUUGAGAUGGUUCUCAAAACGGAAAGGAAAGUCCUCUUACUUGGCGGCGACCAUAGCGUAGCCAUAGGGUCCAUUGCCGGACACUCAAAUUUUUCGAAAAGGAAUGUGGCGGUCAUAUGGGUAGACGCCCACCCAGAUAUUAACACACCGUUGACCAGUUUGUCCGGACACCUCCAUGGGAUGCCGGUCAGUUUUCUGUCCAGGGAGAUGCCUCAUAUUCACCCUAAGUUACCUGGCUUUGAAUGGCUGAAUCCAUGUAUAAGUGUGAAAAAUCUGGCCUACAUAGGAUUACGUUCUAUAGACCCAGAAGAACAAGAUUUUAUAGAGAAGUUGAAUAUUUGUGCUUUUUCCGCGAAGGAUGUUCGGACCCUUGGAGUGGAUUUUGUCAUGUCAGCAAUUAUGUCCCAGAUAGAUCCGUGGGACAGGUUACCAAUCCAUUUGAGUUUUGAUGUCGAUGCUAUGGAUCCGGGAAUCAUUCCAGCAACGGGAACGCCGGUAAAGUGUGGUCUGAACCUGAAAGAAGGACUGGACAUUGCCAAAUACAUAUUUAAAACAGGUCGUCUGUCAGUAAUGGAUGUUGUCGAAUUAAAUCCUAAAUUGUCUUCAAAAGCUGAAAGCAACUGGUCAGCAGACGUGAUUGUGGAGAUUAUUGUCCGUGCUUUCUGUGGAAGAAGAGGAUAUCAUUUUAUGUCAGAGCCAAAAGAGGAAGAAAGUCCAUCAGAUUUAUACACAAUAAGAGAGGAUUGAUUCACUGUUAACGCAAUUUUAAAAAAUAAUAAUAAUAAAAUAAAGAACUAUC